AUGAAGCAAAAGGUGGUAAUCAAGGUAUCUAUGCAUUGCCAGAAAGAGCGCACCAAAGCUAUGAAGAUUGCAGUUGGUGUUUCGGGGGUGGAGACAUUAGCUCUGAAGGGGGAGGACAUGAACCAGAUAGAGGUAACCGGAGAUGGGAUCGACGCGGUUUCGGUCACAAAGUUGCUGAGGAAGAAGAUGGGCUAUGCCGAGCUGGUAAGCGUCGGUCCGGUUGGUCAGAAGAAACCUCAGGAUACAAUGAAGGUGACAGUGCAGCCUCAGGUUUGGCCCCCCUACUCAUGUGGACAUAAAAUUUGGGUCGACGAACCCAACUGCUCCAUUAUGUGA